AUGCGAAAGUCUCCUUUCAAGGGCGCCUUAGACGCUUUUAUUGUUGGUGCACCUGGUGAUAUUGAUGUCGAAAAGCACCCGACGAAGGUGCCCUCGUUUGAAAAGGAGGAACAGGUUUCCAGACCUGUGCCGACAUCAACCCUGAAGACUAAAAUAGGAAACAGAGAAGUCAAGCCCUUGGUGACUGCUCCUCAGCCCAUUCCGUUGGUUGGACUUCCAAUUCCCAAGAUAGGCGAAAGAGAUCUGUCUCAGGAGCCCCGUGACGCGAACCAGAAGAGAAUGAGUCGCCUUUCAGUGCGGCUUUCUAAGUUAGCCCCAACUGAUGUGGUCAAUUGUGAAGAGUCUUCUUCCCUCAAGUCUUUUUCAGAAUCAGGCCAGGACGACCUCGACUCCAAUGAAACCCAGAGCUCCAAGGAUCUCUUCGAUGAUCUUGAGGUGGAUAACCUCGAGCAACCCGACCAAGAUUAUGCUUCUUCAUUGCACGGGGAUGAAGAACGGUUGAUUGACCUAAGUGAUUCAUUUUCCGGGCACAGCUCAUCACAAAUGACACUUCAGGACCCUGAUCUUAUGCCGAGAUUUUCGUACCGACAAUCUUAUCGAAUGGAAAAGGUACAAAGCCCGAUACCUGAUGACAAAGUGAGGAGCCCUCCAAAGUCUUCAUUUCGGAAUUCGAGGAGACUUGGCAAUGAAGGACAAUCGGAUUUGAAUUUCCUACAGGAGCCGUCAUCAUUUCUGGACUUCGAUGACGACUCGAGACUCACUCCACUUGACAGCUCCGCAGCCAUGGGUAACGGCAAGGGAGCAGGCAUGGGGGGUGCUCCCGCGAUGGGUAUUAUGUCUUUUGAUGAAGCAGACUCGUUUGACACGUUUGCAACCCUUUCCAAAGGCCUCAAGAUUGCCCAAGAUCUGAAGGGGUCUAUUUUACCGGCGGAUGUUGGAGAUGAUGAACGGCCCGGGUCUAAUGAGUCUGAAAAGCCUUUGUUUCCCAUGAUGUCGUUUUCGAAGAAGAACAGAAAGCAGCAGAGACAAGACGUAGACGAUGACGACGAUGGAGGUCUUGAUGUUCCGAACCGAUUUACCCGACGACCAGGUGCCGCCAACGCCUUGCGUGAUCUUCAAAGAGCAAGUGUAACGGCUGGUAAUGAGAUUUCCGCCAAUCUUCGUUUCGCGAGCAAUGCGCAAGAGAAGGUGAAGAGGGCGAAUACGAAGGAGAGGGUUUCAAAGGCACAAGGAGAUAUUCUUCUCCGCAGCAGGAUAUUCAGGAGAUUUAACCUGCGGUACGCCAGUCUUGUACACCAAGGAUAUUUUGGUGCUGUUCUUUUACUGUUCACUCCAGAUUCUAAAGCCGGUAUCUCUCCCUCCGGAACUUUUGCUUUGAAGAGCAGCAAGAUGAUUGCUCUUGCUGAGUCGAGUGUGAGACGUGUCGAUAAUGCACGGAAAACGAAUCAAGGCUACAUGUUUGAAUUGAAGACUUGUCAGAGAACGUAUACAUUUGCAUGCAAUGAUGAGAAGAGUCGCGAGUUUUGGAUCAAUAACUUGUCGAGUGUAUAAAUACUAUACAGUGCAGAAAUGCAAUUCUGUCGAGUUCAGGUGAAGCGGAAUGGGAUUCACAGGAUCGCUGGCAGUAUCUAGGAGCGCCAUAUCAGUGAGUUCGCAACAAACUUCGGUGAAGUGAGCGCAUCGAGAUCAAUCCAAGUGCGUUGUUGUUAUGGAGGUGGGCGAUCUGAUCCCCAUUGAGCGGGAACUGAAUAUGACUGUAGAAUGUUCUUGUUCUCUCUCAGUAGAGCUAUUUUCGAGUUGUCGGUCGGUUAUAUAUUAAACGGAAAUUUACAUUAU